GAGUGGCAAACUGCUGCUUAUGAACACCCGUGUCGGUGAGGCGGUAUUCUCACCUAAAGGAACGCCCUGUACAUACCACGACCUGUCGUAGCCCAUGCACCAGCAGUCAUGACCAAACAAGCGAAAACCGGGCCUAAGUUGCCCGCGCAACAGCUAGCAAUCUUAGCUGUUGCCAGGUUUGCCGAGCCCCUGGCUCUGACCUCGGUCUUCCCCUAUCUGCCCGAGAUGAUAGCCAGCUUUGGCGUCGAGAAGGACGAGGUGGCCCGAUGGGCCGGCUUUACGGGCGCCAUCUUCUCAGUAACCCAGUCUCUCACGGCUGUCUUCUGGGGCCGGGCAUCUGACAAGUAUGGCCGUAAACCCGUCAUUCUCUCGGGCCUCGCAAACACCAUGGUGUGCUUUUUGCUCUGGGGCAUGUCCACGAGUCUCCCUAUGGCUAUCACCGUCCGCGCCGUCAUGGGAGGUGGCAACGGCAAUGUGGGCAUCAUCAGAACCAUGGUAGCAGAAAUGGUACCGGAAAAGGAACUGCAGCCGAGGGCCUUCUCGCUUAUGCCUCUCGUAUGGAGUAUUGGUUCAGUGUUCGGUCCUGCAUUCGGCGGCUUCUUUGCUCGACCAGCGGAACAGUAUCCCGACGUUUUCGGGCACAUCGAGUACUUCAAGCGCUAUCCUUUUGCUCUGCCAAAUCUCGUGGCCUGCUUCGUCUUCUUCAUCUCGUUUACGACAGGACUGCUGUUUCUCAAGGAAACCCUGCAAACCAAACGCCAUCAGCGAGACUGGGGCCUGGUGCUCGGCGAGAAGCUCACGCGUCCGUUCAAGCGGCCCAAGCCACAUGCAAAGCGGAGGAGGCUCUCCUUCGUUGAUGACGGGGCAUCAGCACCCUUGCUGGCGGAAUCAUCCAUGUCUACGGAUCCGCCCGAUCAGACCUCCCUCAAAGCCCAGCCUGUCACCUCAGCCGAGAUCUUUACUCCCCAGACAAUCAUCAACCUUGUCUCGUACACAUUCUUGGCCCUGCAUUCCGUCGCGUACGACCAGGUCCUCCCCGUCUUCCUCAACUACCCUCGAGUGCCCCCCGACGAGCACAACACUCGCCUUCCCUUCAAGUUCACGGGAGGAUUCGGCCUCAGCUCCGACAAGAUCGGCACCAUCUACACCGUCUACGGAAUAGCAUGCGGCGUCGUCCAAUUCCUCCUCUUCCCCCGGCUCUGCGCUCGCUUCGGCGUGCUGAACUGCUACCGCGCCGCAAUGCUAGUCUUCCCCGUAAUCUACUUCAUCACCCCCUACACGGCCCUCAUCCAGGACACCACCGCCCGCUACGUCAUCUUCCUCUCCAUCCUACUCGUCAAGGGCUUCGUCGUCAUCAUCGGCUUCCCCUGCACCACCAUCCUGCUGACCAACUCGGCCUCCUCCCUCCGAAUCCUCGGCACCCUCAACGGCUUCGCCACCACCUUCAGCGGCAUGGGGCGCGCCGUCGGCCCGGCCCUCGUCGGCGCCGUCUUCACCUGGGGCGUGCGCAACGGCUAUGCCAUCGCCCCCUGGUGGCUGCUGGGCCUGAUUGGCAUGCUGGGCGCCAUCCCGCCCUGGUUUAUUGUUGAAGGGGAGGGCCCCACGCGGAGUUUGGGGGGGGGUGAUGGUGAGGUCGCCGGGGAGGAGGAGGAGGAGCAAGAGAGUCUCCUCGCUAACGGCGAAGAAGAAGGGGAAGAAGGGGAAGAAUGUGAGGAUGUCGCGAUGUUGGAGGCCGUUCGUGGCGAGGAGUCUGAUUCCGGUUCGGACAGCGGGAUGGGCAAGAAGGGACGGAGGGUUUAUGGGACGGUUGGAUAAGUAGCUCCAAAUGGGGCGUCGAGAAUUGGCCGUUUGGUUUGAAUGGCGCGGGAUGCGACGAAUGGGAAGGGAAAUGCACUAACGACGCGAAGGAGAAGCCAUGAGGCAUGAGCAUUACGACGUCUCGUUUUGGGGGAGAUAGUACCGGAUGUCGCCGGAAAGUUUGUUCCUGCAUGGAUGCGUACCUAGGCGGAGAUGCAUAGCGGAAUCGGUGCUGGGGGUAAAUACCUAGGCGUUGGGUCAUGGGAAAAAUGUUUGUCAUUCUGGGUUCGUCUUUUCUGUUUCCCCCGUUCCAAGAGGCGAGAAGCAUUCAGAGAUAGUUUGUGAGCGUGCCAUUGAAAGAAAGGGACUGGCAUCAUGGAACUUGACGCCAUCGCGCCGGCGCCGCAAGAAGAGGUCAAGCAACACACAACCCCACAAUCAACACCAUGCCGAAGGGCGGUGGAUGACGUUUCUCCAACAUCCUAUGGAAGCAACCAAAUAGAUAACUAAAGCGGUAU